UUGAAGAAAACGCUGAACAAGUGGACCAUAUAUCGCAGAGACUGUCAGAGCUACAGGAAGAACUGUUCGUGUCCUUGAAGGAGGACAUCGCUGAAUGGAUCGUUAAGACCCUCGGUGAUGUGGACAUCAGUGCUGAAAAUUUCAUUCAAGACCUUGACAACGGAGUAAUUCUAUGCAGGCUCAGCUUGGCCAUUGAGAAGAAAGCAAAGGCUAUGCAUCAGCAAGGGAGUCUCACUGAGCCUCUCCCCAGCUACAAGUUACACUGUAACAAGAACGCCCGCUCGGCCACCUGGUUUGCCAGGGAUAACACCACCAACUUCCUGGGCUGGUGCCGCGCCUACGGCAUGAUAGACGAGACUUUGUUCGACUCGGAAGAUCUCGGUGGGUCAAGCACAAAGACAGAAAGCCCACCACCCGCGGCCCGCCAAUCGGCCCCCCCACCACCGCCCACCCCAACACCCCCAGCCUCCAGGAAAGACUCGGUGGUCUCCACCAGAAGUUCCACAGUGUCUACGCUGGACAGUGAGGUCAACCGUGUUUCUCACAAGUGCAAGUGCCAGGAGUACGUGAACAAGCUCAGUGAAGGAGUCUACGACGUUUUUGGAAAACGAGUUUUUAUCAGGCUGCUCAAAGGCAGGCACUUGAUGGUUCGGGUGGGCGGCGGCUGGGACACCUUUGAGAACUACCUGCUUCACCACGACCCCGUCCAGGUGUUUGAGUUCCACAACACGGGCGGCCCGCAUGGACCCACAGCCCACAGUUACGCCGUCAACAAAUCAGACUUUGGGCCUGGUUCUUUUAAUGGUUACUUGGUGAUUCGCUCAAAGUAUAAGUCGAAAAACUUUGUAUCUUAACUGUCUCGUUGACUGCGGGGAUGACAUGACGUCGAUGGUCUUUGUAGCAAACAGGUCAACUCCAGAGAAUGUCCUUGAACUUUGAACUUUGAACAGGAAAUGCCAUUUUUUGUCUGGUUUUUCCUCCCUUCUUCAGCUGUUUAAGGAAAUUGAGAGCAAUUUCAACUUUCAGUCAAACCUCGAAAUACUCCCCCUCCCCUCCCCCCAUUAUACCGAGCAUCUGCGUUUGUUGCCAUUUUAAUGUCCAAAAGUUGCCACAGAAAUGGCAAAAGUUGCCAUAAAAGUUGCCAAUAAUUUUCAAGCUUUCAACUCUCUGUGACGACAAAUAUAACAAUAAGUUGACAGAGGUAACUUCAUCUAAAGCACCAGAAUUUCUUGUGUUCUGUUUCAAGCAUCCAGAAUAUCAUUUGCAGCCACACAGAGUGUAAAAACGUGAAAAAUAAAAAUUUCACAACAGAAUGAAAUCAAAAUUAGAAAAGAACAUAAACAACCACAAAAAUCAACAAAUAAGGGCGGGUGUCCACCUUUUCGAAUAGCGGCCGUUUUAACCCAAAACGUGUGUUAUUCAAGAAAAAGUGCAGGAUAUUACAUGUAAGUAGUAUGUAUGUAGUAUAGGGUUUUAUGGCGCUCGCAACUGCUACGGUUAUAUGAUCAGUAUUACAUGUAAAUGAUGGAAUCACACACAAGGGGCCUGCCAGUGUCAGUACAUGUAGGGGUUUGGUGGAGACACCCUCUCACAUACCGUAUUUUUUUUAAGGUAGGAACAACAUCAAAUUAAAUGAUAUUGACAUUAUGAUAAAAGGUAACCAUGGAAAACACAUCAGAACAAUAACAAGAACAGAAAAUAACACAGCAGCAAAUUAAAACUCAACAAAGAGA